AUAGUACACGGGAUGACCAGAGACUGUGGACACAGUACAGGAGAUGACCAGAGACUGCGAACACAGUACAGGAGAUGACCAGGGACUGAGGACAUAGUACAGGGGAUGACCAGAGACUGCGGACACAGUACAGGGGAUGACCAGAGACUGCGGACAUAGUACAGGGGAUGACCAGAGACUGCGGACAUAGUACAGGAGAUGACCAGAGACUGCGGACAGUACAGGGGAUGACCAGAGACUGCGGACAUAGUACAGGAGAUGACCAGAGACUGCGGACA